AGGGCUACAGCCUACAUUUCUGACCACACCUCACGCCUUAUCCCCGCUCAAAGCACUCUAAGUCAACUUCCACUGAAACGCGCACUAGCAGAUUAAAGUAAAACCGAAAUAACACUGCACGAUAUAUCCAACUGACUUUUGACUUUUAGCUUUUAACCUUGAUAUGAUCCUACGACCAGUUCAAUCCUGUGCAUUAUUAGCUUGUUCAAUUAUAGAUUCAAGGAAGCAACCUCGUUGAUACCUUUGAUUAUGUCGUAGAAAUGACACAACAGAGGUAGCAUAGUCGAUCUGCAGAUAUGAUGUUGGCAAGAAGAUGGCUGUUGAUUGCUACUGUUCUACUGGUUGUAAUUUGCACGAAUAUAGCCAAAGCCCAAAACACUACUCGGUGUUCUUCUUCUUGUGGUGAUAUUCAUAUUAGUUUUCCUUUUAGAUUAAGAGUUGAUCCCCAGAAUUGCGGAGAUUCAAGGUUCCAGCUUGAUUGCCAGAACAAUCGUACUGUCAUAAGUUUGGAGUCAAAGAAAUAUAACGUGCUGGAAAUCAACUAUGAUAACUUCUAUAUCAGAGCAAUUGACCCUGGUUUGAUGAAUCAGACCACGAACUGCACUAUUUUUCCCAAUUACUUCACCACAGACGUUCCUAGCACCUCGCCUUUUGAUUAUUUUGCUCCCAACAUUCCCAUUAUAUAUGUCAAUUGUUUAGCCACCGUAAAUUCUUCGCGAUAUGUGAAGACUACUUUCUGUGGAUCGAAGAAUAAAACUUUGGUAUCGAAUUCCUCCCAAAGUCAUAGUUAUGUGGCCAUAGGAGAGGACAUGUCGAUUUCGGAUUUGGCAGAGAGUUGCAGCAUGGAAAUAGUGGCCUGGGCCUCGGGUCGUGGGCUUUCGGGUGAUAAUACUACUCUAUCGAGCAUUCAGGAUGCCCUGAGAUAUGGGUUUGAGCUUUCUUGGAAGCGUACCUUCUUGUGUAGAGAAUGUGAAGCGAGUCAAGGCAACUGUUUUGCUGAUGGCGACGGCUAUAGUUGCAGCCAUCGCUGCUACGACGAUACGGGGAUGGAUCUUCCCCUCCCUUGUAGCAUCCACUACUAUGGUGUUCUUACAAUACUGUACGGCGGAAUAGUUCUAAUUUCACUUCUGUCAUUCCGGUUUUUCUGUGGAUUCAUUUUCCUGAUAGCACUAAUCGUGUAUAAAUGGAGAAGACGACACAUAUCUAUGUAUCAAUCAAUUGAAGACUUCCUGCAAACGCAGAGCAACCUUGUGCCAAUUAAGUACUCCUUUUCUGAGAUUAAGAAGAUGACUAAUAAAUUCAAGGAAAAACUAGGCGAAGGAGCCUACGGAACUGUCUUUAAAGGAAAGCUUCGUAGUGGUCCUUUUGUUGCAGUAAAGAUUAUGCACAAGUCCAUGACUAGUGGGCAAGAAUUUAUUAGUGAAGUUUCCACAAUUGGAAGGAUUCACCAUGUUAAUGUUGUGCAGCUCAUUGGAUUCUGCGUUGAGGGCUCAAAACGUGCUUUGGUAUACGACUUCAUGCCUAAUGGUUCCUUGGACAAGUACAUAUUUCCACAAGAAGGAAUUGUUUCCUUGAGUUACAAACAAAUGUUCGACAUAUCUCUAGGAGUUGCCCGUGGGAUAGACUAUCUACAUCGGGGGUGUGACAUGCAGAUCUUACAUUUUGAUAUAAAGCCUCACAACAUUAUUCUGGAUGAAAAUUUCAAUCCAAGAAUAUCUGACUUUGGGCUUGCAAAAUUGUACCCAACAGAUGAUAGUAUUGUGACUCUAACUGCAGCUAGAGGGACAAUGGGUUACAUGGCUCCUGAGUUGUUCUAUAAAAAUAUUGGAGGAGUGUCAUACAAAGCCGAUGUUUAUAGUUAUGGCAUGUUGUUGAUGGAAAUGGCAGGCAGAAGGAAGAACAUGAACCCAUUCGCAGACCACUUAAGCCAAAUUUACUUUCCUACCUGGGUUUACGACCAAUUCAAUUCAGGAAAUGAUGUACAGAUACCGGAUACCACUGAUGAAGAAAGGAUUAUUAUAAAGAAGAUGAUGAUUGCGGCUUUGCGGUGCAUACAGAUGAGGCCCGUUGAUCGUCCUGCAAUGAACAAAGUUGUUGAAAUGCUUGAAGGAGAUGUUCAACUCCUGCAGAUGCCCCCAAAACCUUUUGUAGCUCCUCGUGAGAUUGCUGGGGAUGUUAUUGAGACAAUAACAAUAUCCAGUGAAAUCUAGGUGUUGCUCAACAUGCUGUGCAAACCAUGGUCAUAUAUUUGGGCUGGUGAUUAGGCGUCUUUCUACAUAGUAUUUGUUUCCUCGUGUGUAUCUUGGUUUUUCCCAACUCAUGUACAUUUUACUCCCUCUUUAAUCUACAGUAAAUCCAACUUUUUGUGGAAGUAUCAUUUUCUUACAGCAGAAAGUAGUCUUUUGAGAUUCCUAGAAUAUGACAUGAGAUUUAUAUCUCAAAUGUACUCGUAUCAUUUCAGAUCUCAUGGAAUAAAAGAUAAAUUCAUGUUGA